CACUUUUCGCCAUGUUGUGAGAAGGGCGCAUGCGCAGUGUGGAUUACAGCGCAGGGAGACUGAGGUCGAUUAAAGGUUUUUUGAAAUUUACUUUCUGAUUUAUGCUCGACAAUGCCGGAGGAUCACGAUAAAGAUGUUUAUCCCGAGCCUCCCCGUCAGACUCCAUUGGUGGAUAAACAAACGGCCCUUCCGAAUCCAGCAUUAAUAUUGUCAAAGCUCUUCUAUUACUCUGUGGAUCUGCCUGUGACCAAAUUCAGAGGCGUUAUUGAAGGCAUCCAGGGUGAAAAGAAAUCCCACUACUAUCAUCAGAAGUUUCGCCGUGUUCCUGAACUGACUGAAUGCCAGGAAGGAGAUUACCUGUGCUACUAUGAGGCUGAAAUGCAGUGGAGGAGAGAUUACAAAGUGGAUCAGGAGAUCGUGAAGGUGAUCCAGGAGCGUCUCAGGGCCUGUCAGCAGCGAGAGGGACCCAGUUACAGACAAAACUGUGCCAAGGAGCUGCAGCAGUUUGAUCAAGUUUCUAAAUCUUUUCAAUCACGCUAUGGGGAUCUGGGCGCAUACGCCAGCUCACGUAAAUGUCUGAUGAAGCAGAAGGAGAGAAUGAUGGCAGAAGCACAGAAAGCAUAAGAGUUUGUUUCUUUAUGUUAAGCUAUUCUGUCAGUCUCGCUCUUCUGUGUAAUAAAGUGUAAAAUAAAUUUAUUCAAAAGAGA